CUCACAGACCCUGCAAACCUGCAUCGCAUCCUACGAGGGUUGUUGGAAGUUAACGACGGCCGUCUCUGGAGUGAAAAAGUGUGUAGUGUUGACGUCCGGAUUGGCCGCCAGCCCUAGGUGUCGGAGAAUCUCCAAAGCUGUCCUCAUCCUCCAUUGCCAUUCUCCCUCACCAAGCUCAGUGUCCUGCCCCCCGAACCCGUGCGUUUGUAGAUUCUUUCAUCCUUCACAUACCAUCAGUAUUCAGAAAAUUAAACGAAAAUGGCAUGACCAAGAUCACUGGUUAUACUUACAAGUUGGGUUUAGAACAGCGUGCUUCGGAAAGAAUGCGAUUUCAGGUUCAUCGUGCAUUGAAGUUUGCCCCCAUUUCUCGCAACUUCUACGCUCCUGCUCACAGCGAACCUCACCAUCCUUUUCAUGCCCCCCUCGAAGGAGCUGAGACGGUUUGGUUCGCCAAAGCGAUUUGCAUACUUUGCGUUCGCCAUUCAUCUAGUCUUGAUGUCUUGGGCUGUGAUUAUUUCCGUCAAAAUCUGAAUUCGCUGAUUGCUUUUGACGUAAUCGAACACAUUAGUGGUAAAUUGAAUAACCCCACGUUGGCAUUUAGCUUCUUCCAAUUCGCGAGACUCAAUUUGAAUAUUGUCCAUUCAGUUUCUAGCUUCCGAUUGCUGCUUAUGUCUCACUGCGAAAUAGGUCUCCAUCAUACAGUUAAGUUAUUGUUUAAUCACAUGAGAAUGGAUGGGUAUUUCCCAGACAGGUCAAUUGUAGAAUUUGUAGUAUUGACACUUGCAAAUGCAGGCAGCAUUGAGGUUGCCAAGGAGAUUUUGAUUUCCGAAUCUCAUGCGAGUAAUGAGAAAUGUGGAAAUAUUUGCCAUUUUCUGCACAGUAAGUUUUUGAGUUUGUUGAUGAAGAAAAAGAGGGUGGAGGAGGCUGUUAGUUUCUUUAUAGAUUAUAUUUUGAGGUCUAAGAAUUUUUGUUUGGAUACUUUCACAUUUAACAUUGUCAUCCGAGGGUUGUGCGUGUCUGGAAAGGUUGACAGAGCUUUUCCAUUUUUAACUGGCAUGGAGAAUUUUGGCUGUCUUCCCGAUGUUGUUACAUAUAACACUCUCAUAAAUGGAUUUUGCAGUGCCGGUGAUGUAGAUAGAGCUCAAAGUUUAUUGAGAGAAAUACAUUUACUUGAUCGAUUCUCCCCAGAUGCUGUGACAUAUACAUCUGUUAUUUCAGGUUACUGCAAGUUGGGUCGAAUGGUUGAGGCGGUCAAUCUAAUGGAAGAAAUGAUUUCUUUUGGGAUUCGACCAACCUUGGUUACUUUCAAUAUUUUAAUAAACGGGUUUGGCAAGAUUGGAGAUAUGGUUUCCGCUUUAAAGAUUCUUGAGAGGAUGAGUCUUGUUGGAUGUCUUCCUGAUGUCAUCACCUUCACUUCUCUCAUCAAUGGACAUUGUCAAUCUGGUGAUUUAGAUCUUGGUUUGAAGCUCUUUGAUCAAAUGAAAGAAAGAAAGCUUUUUCCAAACACAUACACGUUUUCCAUUGUCAUCCAUGCAUUGUGUAAGAAAAACAGAAUUACUGAAGCCAGCGAGUUUUUAAAGAAAUUAAAAUGUAGAGCUGAUAUUGUGCCCCAGCCAUUCAUAUACAACCCGGUAGUUGAUGGGCUUUGUAAGGCUGGAAAUUUAGAACAAGCCAAUGCCAUUGCCGCAGAUAUGGAGGUUAGAGGAUGCUGUCAUGACAAGAUCACUUUUACGAUUCUCAUUCUUGGGCAUUGCAUGAAAGGGAGAAUGGCUGAUGCAGUUAAUAUUUUUAAUAAGAUGGUUGCAUUGGGCUGUACCCCGGAUAAAUUGACUAUAAGCUGUUUCACAUCUAUCCUUUUGAAAGCUGGUAUGGCUAAGGAAGCAUAUAGAGUAAAGAACUAUGCAUCAGGAACUGUUCCGUAUAGGAACAAUAUUGAAGUCCCCAUAGCCGCUUAUAAUAGUUAAUAAUACCCUUGGUUGCACACUUUUUUUCCGGGAAGAUUAUGAAAGACUCUUCUUCUACAAUGCGGUCUUGGCAUGGUUCAGUAUGCAUGAUGGAACGAACAAUAGCUAGAGGUGGGACAUCCCUGGACUUGGUCGAAUUUACUACCAUGUAGCUUCUUCUCACAGGUAACAUAACAUGUUACUGAUUGGGAUCUCUUUAGCAUCCAAGGGAUUGUCGAAGUGACACAGGGAAAAAAAUGACCAUGACUGUGGAAGUUUCCAGUGAUGGAGGCUGGGCGUGAACCCAGAGCGAUAAAAGUGGUGUACUGGUGUCAGGAGGGAACAUUGGAUUCGGCAAAGCAACUUGACCACGAGGCAGGAAAAAGGCUACCAGUUAUUCUGUCAAGAAGGAAUACAAAGGUGGUAUUCAAGUUGUCUGAAGUGUCAUGCUGAUGGAAACCCGUGGAAACACAGUUUUGAAGUAGCAGUAAUUCCAUGCAAUAUUCGACGCGAUUUUCAUCACGGGUCAUUUGGAAACAGUCUCUCUGUACUUCAAUACAGAGGUAUCUCGGUAGUGAAGAUUGAAGAAACAAGAUGCCCGAAAGCUAUAUGUGGAAAAAUAUAUCCUUACACAAUCCAGUAGCAAAGUGUGAUCACACCAAUGUUCUAAAAGGCAAUUGGCGCUUCUUAGGGGGCGGCAGACCGCCUUGUGCGGAGCCCAUAUAAGCAGAUUUGCUGUAAUUGUUUGAACUGGGAUGGAAGGAUGUGAGAUAAUGCUGCCUCUAGGAGUAUAGGAGGCAUUUGGUAUGAGGAAAAGUCAAUACUUUCCAUCAUUUCCAUGGAAAGUAAUUGGCAGGAAAAGUAUUCUAUUGUUUGGUAUCUCAUUUGUCCAGAGUGAAAAGUCAAAUGAAAUAAUUUUUCUCUUAUGAGAAGGAAAAUGAUUCUCAUGGGGAGGUGAUACCAGAUUCCGUGAAAGUGAUUCUGAUGAGAGUAAUUCUCGUAGAUAUAGUACCAAACGCCCCCCAAAAGUGUGUAUUAUUUAUUCAUUUUUUUCCUUGAGAACUGUAAUUGGGUAUUUGGUUAUAGCACGAUAAGUUGCAGUGGGGGGAGCAAUGUCUAGUGCGUGUCGGCUGUAAGCCUGUAAUGCUGUAUAGGAUAAAGAGUGUAGAAUAGGGAAACAUGAGUUGUGUACAUUUUUGUAGGACACUCAUUUAUCAAGUGUUUAAAAGUAAGAUAACUUUUCAACACUCAAUAAAUGAGUCACAUAUAAAUGCACACAAAAAAUGUAGGAAAAAGGGUCAAAUAAACCCUUCUACAAUUGCUAAAAGAUCACCUAAACCCAUGUACUUUAAAAAGCAUCAUAUAAACUCAUCUACUCUAAAAAAAAUAAGUCAAACAAGCCAA